UAGCCCCUCACUUAUCUAGAAUUUCCACGAGAUUUUAUAAUAGCGCAUGAAUCAGAGGCGAUCACCUGACUAGGAGACAAUUACGACAUGUUUCGCGAAAAGAAGAAUUUGUCGUUAUUAAUCUCGAUUUGUCUAUUCUUAUUCUUAUUCCUUUAUUCUUUGAGUAAUUAUAGUAAUCACCCAUGGAUAUCCACAAAACUGAAUAUAUUAUUUGUCAAAUACAAGGAUUCCAACGAAUUAGCACCGAAAAGUUCCCCGAGGGUUCCUAACUCGGGAACAUUCCCGAAUAAAGAAUCGUAUAAUAAUUAUAUAGACAAAACUUCUAAGUUAGUCUUCGACAAUAAUAUGAUAUACGACGACGAAACUGGAUUUACUUGCGCUCCAAACAACAAUUACAUUGGAUGGAAGGCACGAGGAAGAUUAGGCAAUUUGAUGUUCCAAUAUGCCACGUUGUACAGUUUGGCGAGGGACACUGGAAAAGUUCCAACUUUAUUGGUGGCGACUGGGAAAUUAAGAGGUAAAAAAUUGUCCGAUUUUUUUAAAGUGACUCAUCGGGAAAUGCCGGAAUUACCGACAACGUGCGAUUAUACAGCAGCCUCUGCCUCUUUUGUCAGAUCAGAUGAGAGGAAAGUUAAAGUGUAUAAGGUCAUGCAAGCGUACGAUACCUUACUCAAGGAUAGAAUAAAAAAUGAUGGGUACAAUGUAUUCGAAGGGUUUCCUAAUUCAUAUAAAUACUUUGAGAAAUAUAAGAAGGAAAUAAUGAAAGAGUUUACUCUCAAACCUAAAAUCAAAUCUAAGGCCGAAGAAUUUUUGAGAAAAGUAAAAUCGAGUUUUUUUGCUUCGCCUAUCCAUCGCCCAAAGUCGAAAGACCGAUAUUUGACAUUCGUAGCCAUUCACAUUCGAAGGACGGACAUGAUCCGAUGGAUCCAAAUAAACAAAGGAAAAUUUUCGGGAUUAGCCUACAUCAGAAAAGCUAUGAAUUGGUUUAAGGAUUAUUUUACGAAUUCUAAUUAUUUCUCGAAACAUAGAAAAAACAAAUCUAAAAACCAAAAUUUUGCAUUCAUAGCGUGUAGCGAUGACCUAGAAUGGUCCCGGGAACAUUUGGGAAAAAUUAACAAUGUAUAUUUUUGCCCGGGGAGAUCUCCGAUCGAAGAUUUAGCCAUACUCGCAUCUUGCAAUCAUUCGAUUCUCACACAGGGUACCUUCGGCUGGUGGGGAGCCUAUUUGGGAGGUGCUAACAUAACCAUUUACCCUUCAAAUUAUUAUUCAACCUCAUCGCCUCAGCUGACGACUAAAAAAUUUACGUAUCAUCUCAAAUACCCCCAAAAUUGGAUAGGCCUGUCGAUAUGAAUUCGAAUAGUAUUGGAUAUUCAUUCAUAUUGUCAUAAUAAAAAAAAUACAAUUAUUUUUUUUA